ACUAUUGAAGCAGAGCACAGUUAGCCAUGGCUCGCCUCUCCUGCUUCCCGCUCCUCCUCCUCUUCCUGCAGAUGCAGCUCCUCGUGCUGGUCGCCAGCGAGUUCCUCCGCCUACCGUCUGAGCAGGAUGUCGUCGGCACGAGGUGGGCCGUCCUCAUCGCCGGCUCCAACGGCUACUACAACUACCGUCACCAGGCGGACGUGUGCCACGCUUACCAGAUCAUGAAGAAGGGCGGGUUGAAGGACGAGAACAUCAUCGUCUUCAUGUACGACGACAUCGCCCACAACCCUGACAACCCAAGGCCCGGAGUCAUCAUCAACCACCCAAACGGCAGCGACGUCUAUGCCGGAGUGCCUAAGGAUUACACGGGAAAAGACGUGAACGCCAACAACUUCCUCGCGGCUCUGCUCGGCGACAAGUCCAAGCUCACCGGCAGCGGCAGCGGCAAGGUCGUCAGCAGCGGCCCUGAUGACCAUAUCUUCGUAUACUACGCCGAUCACGGCGGCCCAGGGGUUCUUGGGAUGCCGGACGACGAGGAGUACUUGUAUGCGAAUGACUUGGUGCAAACACUCGAGAAGAAGCACGCCGACGGGGUCGGGUACAAGAGCCUCGCGUUCUACCUGGAGGCGUGCGAGUCCGGGAGCAUCUUCGAGGGCCUCCUACCAGGCAACAUUAGUGUGUACGCCACAACCGCAUCGAACGCAGAGGAGAGCAGCUGGGGCACCUACUGCCCUGGCGACGAUGAGGGUACCCCUCCGACCGAGUAUGACACCUGCCUCGGUGACCUUUACAGUGUCUCCUGGAUGGAGGACAGCGACGUCCACAACCUCCAUACGGAGUCCCUCAGGCAGCAGUACGGCGUCGUCAAGGAUCGCACCUCGGCGCAUGAGACGUACAGCCUCGGCUCCCACGUGAUGCAGUACGGCGACCUGGGCCUAAACGAGCAGAGCCUCUACCUGUUCAUGGGCACUGAUCCUGCCAACGACAACGCCAGCUUCGUCGGAAACUCCUUGCCCUCGUUGAGGGGUGCCGCGGUGAACCAGCGUGACGCCGAUCUCCUCCAUUUCUGGCACAAGUACCGGAGAUCCGCAGAGGGGUCGACACGGAAAGGAGAGGCACGCAGGCGGUUGGUGGACAUGAUGGCACAACGAUCUCACGUUGAUAGUAGCGUGGAGUUGAUCGGCAACCUCCUCUUUGGCUUCGAGGAAGGUCCCAAGAUCCUCAACGCCGUCCGGCCGACGGGGCAGCCUCUGGUCGACGAUUGGGACUGCCUCAGAUAUAUGGUGCGGAGAUUUGAGGAGCGGUGUGGGGGCCUAGCGCAAUAUGGGAUGAAGCAUAUGCGAUCUGUAGCCAAUAUUUGCAACGCUGGAGUUCGAGAGGAGGCCAUGGACAAGGCUGCGUCUCAAGCGUGCGCGAUUAAUCCUCUUUCCAUAGUUGUCUAAUUGUUCCAUGGGACAUCAACCGCUCAAUAUUUGGUGUUCUUGAUAUACAUGAAUAUAUCCAAUAAUGAUAAAUGUAAAUACAUGGUUCAAUGUACAUUAUUGCCACAACUAGUUUGAGAACCAAAGGUAAA